CCGGUAAAAUAGUCUGUCUUUUAAACGGGCCUGGCCCCUGAAGCGGGAAAUUGCCGCGGCACUACCUGCCUGGCCAAGCGAAAUUGCUACUGCCAGCUUCUGUGUUCUUCUACGAUGUCGAAGAAGAAGCUCUUCACGCCACUUUCUAUUUUCAUGAGAAAACGCCUAACUUCGAUUCCCCCUGAUUUCCCCUUCAACUCUUCUCAAUUUAAAUGCUCCACUUCUCUCUUAUCGCCACCACCUUCGAUUACACCAUAUGAUCGCCUUUUACACGAACCCUCGCGCUAUUUUGGAAAUGUUAGGGUUUCUAUCAGAAGUGUUUGCUCGGCAUCUUCCCAGAAAAUCGAAAGUAGGUGCUGGAACUGUCAUGCUAUCCCCGAAUCAGCACCGUUUUUGGUUUGCCAGUCUUGUAGGAGCAUUCAGCCCGUGGAUAAAUCCAUAGACUAUUUUGACAUAUUCGGACUGGAGAAGAACUAUGAUAUUGAGGUUAAGAACUUGGAAGGCGAGUACAAAAACUGGCAAAAGAAAAUACACCCGGAUUUAGUGCAUUCAAAAUCUGAGAAAGAAAGAGAUUUUGCUGCUGAACAAUCUGCCAAGGUGAUUGAUGCAUAUCGGACACUUACUAGACCUUUGUCAAGAGCAAUUUACUUGUUGAAGCUUGAGGGAAUAGAAGUUGAUGAUGAACAGACUGUUUCAGACCCUGAACUACUAGCUGAGAUUUUGGAAAUCAGGGAAGCAGUUGAAGACGCUGCUGACUCUGAGGCUUUAAAUCACAUUCGCUCUGAGAUGCAGGAAAAGUUGAAGCACUGGUCUAAUGUCUUUGCUGAUGCAUUUCAAAGCCGUAACUUUGAAGAAGCUAAAUCAUCGAUUCAAAGAAUGACAUACUAUGAGCGUGUAACUGACGAAGUAGCAAAGAAACUUUGAUAUAGGCUCUAGGUCAAAAGUGAUUUACACUUGUUAGAAGGUCAAAUUCAGGAAAUAAGAGCGAAGUGGUUUCCAUUUGUAUUCCAUUUCAUUGCUAACAUUUGUCGCUAAUUGAGGUGAGCAUGAGAGGAGAAUGGAGGAUAAAAGCAAACAAUUACUCGUUCCUUUAUUAUAGAAGUUGGUGGCAUGAGACCACAGUGGUGGUAGUUCUGGAGGGGUGCCAUGUCUGAGCUUUCUACUUCCACUCUUAUUGAGCAAGAGGAAGUGCGGUCAGUAAACAGCUCCCACCUUUUCUCUCUGUAGUUUAUUACGUCGUGAACGCGAUACAAGGGGCCCCUUUUUGGUUUUUGCUUGUGUGAUUUUAAAAUCAUUCUAGUGCAGACCUGGAGGAUUGGGACAUUCCUUUUGUGGCACCUGAUGGACCUGUCUGAAGAAUUUGAACGUGAGUCGUCCAAUUUGUGACAUGGUACCUUAAUGCUGCUGAUGAUUGAGAGUUCUUUUUUUUUUUUUGCCAUGACAUCAUUAUACUUCCCUAGCUUUGGGGAGCUUGUGUAAUGCAAUUUGGGUUUACACGCACAACUAUUAAAUCGACUACAAUCCACGCUCGUGUUGAUUGAUGUUU